AUGCUGAUUUCUUAUUUUGAAGCUCUGAUGAGAUUCAUGGGAGACCAGCCAGGCCUAAAGAAACAAGAUAAAAUGGAUUAUAUCUAUGAUAUCCUUCAGUGGUGCAAAGAUAAGAAGACUCUGCAUGAUGAGGUUUACUGCCAGGUUAUCAAGCAAAUCACUGGAAAUCCUAAUAUGGACAGUUGUCGCCUUGGCUGGCAGCUCCUCAGCCUUUUGACUGGAUACUUCCUUCCAUCUAGUACCUUGAGGCCUUACAUCACUGAGUUUUUGCAGCAGAUCUGCUGUGAUAGCACCCACCACUGCUCAGAAAUAGCCAAGGAUUGCCAGAGCAACCUGAGGAAACUAAUCGUGUAUGGAGGCCGUCAACACUUGCCAUUUUUUGCGGAGAUGAGAGCAUUUUUGAAGGGCCACUGUUUCCGCCGGAUAUCAAUCGUCUUACCUGGAGGUGUGCGAUGUAAUGCAAAGAUUAAGAUGUUCGCUGUUACAGCAGAUGUGUUAAAGCAAAUCUGUGAGAACAUAGGAGUUACUGAGUUGGGGGAGAUCCAAGAAUUUGCCAUCCUAGCCAACAAAGACAAAGGCAAGAUGAUAAGGCCUUUGCACCAGGAGGAAUAUGUCCUCGACUAUUUGUUAGAAGAAAGUUCAAUAGAACUACAUUUCUGUAGGAUCACUUGGAAGAUUCCUUUGCACUUCGAUAAUGAGAUCUACAUCAACAUUCAUUAUAACCAGGUCUUGCAGAAAUAUAUGACAGGAACACUGUUGUUGCAGCAAACCAGCAAACUUGGGCAGCAGCUGGGCAUCUUGGCUUUGCUUCAGCACUGGGCCAGAGGAGCUCAGUCGGUCCCUACAAGAGAGGAACUGAAGAAUUACAUCCCUGUUUCAGACACCCACAUCAGCCCAGAUAUCAUUGAAAUUGGCAUGGCUUAUCAACUGGAGACAAUAGAACCACUUGAGCCCCUGCAGGCACAAAUACGUUUUAUUGAACAUGUGAUUCAGCUGCCGCUCUUUGGCUAUAAUGUUUUCUCUGUGGAGAGGAUCAGUGCUCCAGAUAUCUCUUCACCUUGCAUUGUAGGAGUGAACCAGGAGGAAAUUGUUGUCAUGAGCAAGGAAACACAGAGCAAUCAGAUCAUCAUUCCGCUGAAGCAGAUACUACGGAUGAAAUCCUUACGUCCAUUCAGUGCUGCUGGCUUUCCAGGCAUAGAAAUCAACUAUGGCUCAAUAGAAAAUCCCAAGACUAUCUGGUUUGAAUUGAAACAGGCUAAAACAUUAUAUCAUUUGAUUACAAUCAUCGGUGAGGAAUCAGAUUCCCAGGCUUAGUGACAACCAGGAGAAGUUGGCUGCAAUAUCUUUUCCUGGAACUUGAAAAAUGCCCGUAAUCUUUUGAUGUGUCCACUUGCCAACUGCUUUCUCCCAAGUCAAUGUGAGCUA